AUGCCGCAUGCGCUGGAUCAAGGCGAAGAGUUGGGGGCCACAGUCGAGUCCGCCCGCGUUGGGCCGUUUGCAAUUGGUGUCGUCUUGGGCAGAGACCUCUGCCCAAGCGACCCAGGCGAUUGUCGGCACGACUCGAUGUUCUCCGUGCGGGGCAAAUGGCAGCUGGCGGAUUUCAUUUCUGUCGGAUAUGCAGUUGACCGCAGACACUUUGUGCGCGUGCCAGGAAAGCCGACGCGCGAAGUCCGUGCGAGAGCCGUCCCCGAAGUCGCCGAAGACUCCCAAGCAGGCGACGCACGGUUGAUGGAAGACUUGGACCGGGGCCGCAACCAGCGGAAGGCCUUGGAGGCGGCGGGCAAGGAGACAGAGAAGAAGAGCCGGAGCCGAAGCCGAAGGAAGGAUGACGAGGAUGCAGAAAAGACAAGCUGGAGCCGAAGUCGGAGGAAAGACGGUGAGGACGGAAGCCAAGGAAGGCAGAAGGAGGCUCCUGCGCGGCGCUCCGAGCGGAAAGAGGUGGAGCGUCCACAGACUGCGGGACAGGCGAGCCGCUGCAACCAGAAGCGGAAGCCGAGACCGGAGGAGCCUGCGAGAGAGGGCAGAAGCCCGGGAAGAAAGGUGCCCUUGGAAAGUCCAGGAAGAAGGACGCAGGAGCCUGCGAGAGAGGGCCGAAGCCCUGGAAGAAAGGCGUCCUUGGAAAGCCUAGCAAGGAAAACGCAGGAGCCCGCUAGAGAGGGCCGCAACCUGGGAAGAAAAGCGGCCUUGGAAAGUCCAGGAGGAAAAGCCAAGGAGUGCGCGGGAAAGUCCAAGCCGGAAGAGAAGGAGCCGCAGCGCUCGAAGCGCCAGGCAGCGGAGGAGAAUCCUCGCUCCUCUUCGCCGAAGAUGAAUUUUGCACAGCGGGAAGAGCCAUGCCGCCGCAGAAGUGAGGCUGCUCGCAGCCCUGAACGGCGGCUGGAGGCGGUCCUGCCAGUCACCACCCUGCCAGCGGCUUCGCUGAAACCGGCGGCCCUGCCGGCAGCGGCGUUGGAGAAGUUGCUGUCCACGCCCCCGAAGGAAGCGGCCAAGCAGCGCCCCCGGCCCUCCACUGCCAGCACCCUAGCCCGCCUGCCGGAGCACGUUCGGGCCCUUCUGGCAGAGCCCCGGGAGCUUCGGGAACCGCGGAGCCGAAGCCGAGCUUUGCCGUCGGCUGUGCCAUCCGAGCCCUGGAAGGAGCCCCUGCGGCGUUUGCCGGAGGUGGAAGUCCCAGUGCGGGAGUUCCGGGCACCAGUGCCAAAGGUGCCGGAGGUGCCGGAGGUGCCGGAGGUGCCGGAGGUGCCGCAGAUGCCCGAGAUCCAGGAGAUCAGCUCAGACUGCAGCGUCAAAGAGGAAGAGAUGACGGAGUCCGAGAUGUUGAAGGCGGUGGAGCCGGAGAUGUUGAAGACGGUGAACGCAGAGACGGAGAUGCGUUCGAUGCAGGAGCUUUGGGCAGAGCGGGAGAGGGAGCGCUAUGAGAGCAGUGCCAAGGAAGCCUGGCAGCAGGCCCAGCAGAUGGCGGCGGCCCUGGCAAGGAGCAAUGAGGCGGAAGAGGAGACAGCUCGUGAGAAGCUGGCCGGCGCCACGGAGCGCAGGAAGGCAGCCGAGGACCGAGCCUCACAGGUUGAGACAGCUUUGUCACGUCUUCGAGAGGCAGCGGUCAAGGUGCAGCGACGCACUCAAGAGCGGCUGAACUCGCUGCAACAGCAGCAGCAGGCUGCAGAGGAGGAGGCUGUCCUCCACGAGGCGGAGGCCCGAAAGGCCUCCGCCAGAGCAGAGGCGCAGGAGGAGCAGUGCGCGCAGCGGCUGCAGAGCCUGAAGCGAGAGCUGGACUCGGAUGUGCAGGAGGCGGAGAUGCCUUUGAAGAGUGCGCAGGAGGCCAUGUUUGCUCACGUGGCCAAGCAGAAGGCUAAGCUUGAAGGGGAAGUGGAGCAGCGCAUGGUGAAGGCUCUCCGACAGGCUCGGGCUGCACAGAAGCAAGCGGCCCAGAGCAUCAGUGAGCUUCGCGAGGAAAGCGCCCGCAAGGUGCUAGCAGCGGCCCGAGCAUCGGAGGAAGCCGCGCAGCGUGCGCAGACUGCGGUGGAGGCGGCGAAGGGCGAGCGGCUGAGGGACCAAGCGGAGAUGAGCGCGCGGCUGGCCAAGGCGGAGUCGCGGGUGGAGCGGACCGACCAGAAGCUGAUGCACUUGAAAAUUUCCUGGGCGGCGGAUGCACGCCAGAAGUUCACCACGGUCGCCAGAGCUGCUCAGGGGGAUUUAGCUGAUCAACGAGAAGUGACCAGAAAGAAGCAAGCGAUGAUGGAGGAGAAUGCCAAUGCCAAGAUUGAAAGCACCAGGCAGCUGCUGACAGAGACUCAAGCGCUGGCGGGUGCCGCCAAGGACGCCGCCCGCGCCGAGGUCUUGUCCGCGCGUUUGGGGGCAGAGCAGGCAGCCCGGGACAGCGAGACGCGGCGCCGAGUGGCCGAGGCUGGCCUGGCGGAGCAGGAGCGGCUCUGCGCGUUGGAGCGGGAGGCCGCGCAGCGCGAGGCCCGGGAGACCUGCGCGGCGCUGGCGCAGCGGGCCGCCUCUGCGCAGGAGGCGGGCGCUCGGCACCAGCGGGAGGCGUGGCAGGCAGCGGCGGAGGCGCGGGAGGCGGCGGCGGAGGCGGCGCGCGGCGCCAAGGGCCGCUUGGAGGAGCUGCGGGCUGCAGCCCGCGCGGCUGCCCAGGAGGCGCAGAGCUGGGCUCUGGAGGAGGCGGAGGCGGCAGAUGGCUUGGAGGCCCAAGAGGAGAGCUUCCUCUCGGAGGUGCGGAACUUGGAGCAAGCGCAGCUGCAGAAGGACUGCCUCAGCGCCCGAUGCGCCGAGCAGCUCCGCGCUGCCGGGCUGGCGGCGGGCUCUCGCCGCUCUCAGGCUGAGGCGGCGGCCGCGGAGGCGGCCGCGGAAGCGGCGGCGCGAUGCCGGGCGCAGGAGCAGCGGGCGGAGGAGUUGGAGCAGCAGGCCCUGGCCGCCGAAGAGGAGGUGGUCUUCCAGGACCUGGACCAGCAGCGGCGCCUGGAGCGCGAGCGCAAGGCCGGCGCGGGGCGGCUGGCGGAUACGAAGAAAGGGGCGGAACAGGCGGAGGUGGCGAUCCAGGAGGCGAUCUGCUGCAGCCAGAACAGCGUCCGGGAGCUCUACCGAUAUCUACAGCAGGUCGCCCAGGAUGGCGCAGUGUCGCCGGAUGGGAAGAACUGCCCCAAAUGCCGCAUCAGCCACACGCCAAGCUCCAACUUCUGCCAGUGCUGCGGGCAGAGUCUUGGCACCCCGGACCGCAUGGCAAUGUCGGGGGGCUGA